GUGGUGGCGUCGAGAGGAUGGAGACUGGGGAGGAGAACACGAGGAAAGAGGAGACGGUGAAGUUGAUUAGCGCCGAGGGCUUCGAGUUCGUCAUCGACAAGAAGGCUGCCAUGGUCUCCCAGACCAUCCGCAACAUGCUUACUUCCCCAGGUGGAUUCGCGGAGACGCAGCACGGGCAGGUGACCUUUCCGGAGAUCAGCACUCCUAUCCUCGAGAAGAUCUGCCAAUACUUCUACUGGUCCCUCGAAUACUCCAGUGGAAAAGAGACGGAGUUUCACAUUGAACCCGAGAUUACGUUGGAGUUGAUGAUGGCUGCUAACUAUCUUCACACUUAAGGCGUUAAUGCCCAUGUAAUCAUUGUACCAAUCUCGGUUUGGUACAUACUACUGUUUUGCUCAUAUAUAUAUUUAUAUACUGUACCUAGUUGGCGUACAAGUUCUCUAAUCUUCUCUUUGUUAUGAAGACCAAAUCAUAGUUCAUAGUGACAUGCCAUUUUAGGUGGUUGAAUGUUGCAGUAGUUUAAUUGAAGUGCUCGAGAUAAGCUUUAGACUUGGCCAA